UCUGGACUCUAUUUUGCUCUGAAAAACAGCAGGAUUUUUGUUGAUUUUUUUUUUUGAUAUUUUUUGGGUGGAGGGAGAAAAAAUCAUUCAUUGUUUCCAGGAUCUCGAACAGUCGGGAUUUCCGAUCCUGUUUGCUUCUUUCUUUCUUCUUUCUUUUUUAUCGAAUCACGUGGUUAUCUGAGUUUUGCUCGGAUUCUUGGGAAUCUUUACUCCCUGGUCGCUCUUAGAUCUCGCCUUUUGCUGUGUCCCAACAUUAAUAUAUAGCUGGGAAGUAGCGUUCAGAUCUGAUCCACUUUUCUUCUCCCUGCCUUUCCGCAAGGCGCUGCCGGAGCCCUUUCCGGCUCGGUCCUGAGUUACAUUCUCUAGAGCCUUCUGCUUUCAACCAUGUCAGACCUACAAACUCCUCUGCGUCCUAAAAGGAAGAAGGAUUGGGUGGAUUACUUGGUCCACUUCCGAUGGAUAGUUGUUAUCUUUGUUGUCCUUCCAAUCUCGUUCACAAUCUACUUUCUUACAUAUCUAGGAGAUGUAAAAUCCGCAAUGAAAUCCGAAAAGCGUCGUCAGAAGGAACAUGAAGAGAAUGUCAAAAAGGUUGUUAAUCGCCUCAAGCAGAGGAAUCCAAAGAAAGAUGGUCUUGUGUGCACGGCAAGGAAGCCGUACAUUGCUGUUGGCAUGCGUAAUGUUGAUUACAAACGUGCAAGACAUUUUGAGGUGGAUCUUUCAGCAUUUAGAAACAUCCUUGAGAUUGACAAAGAGAGAAUGAUUGCAAAAGUGGAGCCUCUUGUAAAUAUGGGUCAGAUUACAAGAGCUACUGUUCCUAUGAAUCUUGCCCUUGCUGUUGUUGCAGAGCUUGAUGAUCUCACUGUUGGAGGAUUAAUUAAUGGAUAUGGAAUUGAGGGAAGCUCACACAUCUAUGGCCUUUUCUCUGAUACAGUAGUUGCCUAUGAAGUUGUGCUUGCAGAUGGACGAGUGGUUAGGGCUACUAAAGAUAAUGAAUACUCUGACCUUUUCUAUGGGAUUCCCUGGUCUCAAGGAACACUUGGACUAUUGGUUUCUGCAGAGAUUAAACUCAUACCCAUCAAAGAGUAUAUGAGGCUAACUUAUGCUCCAGUGAGGGGCAAUUUGAAGGAACUUGCGCAGGCUUAUGCUGAUUUUUUUGCACCUAGAGAUGGGGACCAAUCAAAAGUCCCAGACUUUGUUGAGGGAAUGAUUUACACGCCAACUGAAAGUGUCAUGAUGACUGGGAGAUAUGCUUCUAAGGAAGAGGCAAAGAAGAAAGGCAAUGUCAUCAACUGUGUUGGGUGGUGGUUUAAGCCAUGGUUUUACCAGCAUGCUCAGAAAGCACUUAAGAAAGGUGAAUUUGUGGAAUACAUUCCCACCAGAGAUUAUUACCACAGGCACACAAGGUGCUUGUACUGGGAAGGAAAGCUGAUCCUACCAUUUGGGGACCAAUGGUGGUUCAGGUGGUUUUUUGGGUGGCUGAUGCCUCCAAAGGUUUCUCUGCUUAAGGCCACCCAAGGUGAAGCUAUCAGGAAUUAUUACCAUGACAAACAUGUGAUCCAGGAUUUGCUGGUCCCUCUCUACAAAGUUGGGGAUGCCCUUGAGUAUGUGCACCAAGAAAUGGAGGUAUAUCCAAUCUGGCUCUGCCCCCAUCGUCUCUUCAAGCUCCCUGUGAAAGCUAUGGUGUACCCCGAACCAGGCUUUGAGCUACACUACAGGCAGGGAGACACGAGCUAUGCUCAAAUGUUCACAGACAUUGGUGUGUAUUAUGCUCCUGCAGCUGUCCUAAGGGGUGAGGAAUUCAAUGGCACCGAAGCUGUCCACCAACUUGAGGAAUGGCUGACCCAAAAUCAUGGUUUCCAGCCACAGUAUGCAGUUUCUGAGCUCACAGAGAAGAACUUCUGGAGGAUGUUUGAUGGGGCUCACUAUGAGCAUUGCCGCCGGAAGUAUGGGGCCAUUGGGACCUUUAUGAGUGUCUACUACAAGUCCAAGAAAGGGAAGAAGACAGAGAAAGAGGUGCAGGAAGCUGAGGCGGCCAUCCUUGAACCAGCCCAUGCUGAAGAAGCUUGACCUGAGCAACUGUUUAGAAUUUAGAUUUGGUAGGAAUUUGCCAAUGGAGCGGAACCACUACCCCUCCUACGUUUGAUGUUGUAAUUUGGAGCAGUUUCUGUUUGUUUGUUAAUCUUAAUCUUCUUUCUAGCAAUUGAACCUGGAUUGAAUUUAACUAUUUGGAUGUGAUGCCAAUGUUUAAGUGUUGUUUGAUUUGCUCUUGCCA